GUCGAUUAGGCCGAAUUGCUCGCACGCUGUGCCCCCGUUACGGAGAUGAUUACAAAAUUCAUGACAGAGGUCUCGGCCAAGUUCAACCCGUUCUCGACCUGCGCGAAGCCAGCUCGUUUAUUCCUCACACUUUUACCUCCAAAUGCUCGAGCCAACGGCACAACCAUCACAUCAGCAAUUCUACCUCGAACUUCUCAAGAACCUAGCUCUCUACGAAUCAAGUUCAAGGAUGGCAAAGAGUUCAACUUUGAUUGCCAAAAGAUCAACAUCAAGGGACUUGUCGAGGAGGUGGACCGACAUUCACGCCAACUGCAAAAGGCAGCCGAUUUGACCGAUUAAAAUACCACUUUACUGUAUCACUAUCAUGCAUCAACGGCGUUGAGGAAACGACUCAUGUACAUUUACGAAUCCCAGCGGGACAACACAGGAGGAGUCUUGUAUAAUAUUACGACAAUUGGCAUCAUUUUUUCUCUAAGCGUAUACGCUCAACUUUUUAUGAAGAAAACAUGCCCAUCCGACUUGUUCUUUUUAUGCAAGAUGGUCUACAAAACUUAAGCAGAGGCACCGCUGAUGAAGAACCACUUGUCAAUGGAAGCGUCGAUCUUCUCGGCGGGGACCUCCUCGUGAGCGGGCAGAGGAGGAAGCUGGUCAGGGCUGACGCGAGUAGGAGAGUGCUGGACAGUGACGUUGGUGCUGUACAAGGAUUAGUAUGAAUCUUGAAUGUAAAUCAGGAUGAGAAACUUACGUGGAAACACCACCAGCGGGGGUCUUGCCAGUGACAAGACGCUCCCAAGCCUCGGCGCACUCGCGUACAACGUCAAGAGCGUAGCUAAAAAAUAUUGUUAGUUUUG